UCUCCAAGCAAGCAGAUAUAUUAACGGCAAUUAGUAUUUUAUCAUUCUGAUAAUCCAGGAAUUAAAAUCAGCAAAUUUUCAUCAUGAACUUCAACAAGAUCUUUGUCUUUGUGGCCCUCAUCCUGGCCAUUAGCUUGGGCCAAUCCGAGGCUGGUUGGCUUAAGAAACUGGGCAAGAGAAUUGAACGCAUUGGCCAGCACACUCGUGAUGCCACCAUUCAAGGCCUGGGAAUUGCCCAACAGGCUGCCAAUGUGGCAGCCACCGCCAGAGGUUGAGGAUGCAACAUUCGCCAGAGAAUUCUCCUAGGAUAACCUGCUUUAAUUAUAAACACUUAUU